ACCUAAAUUCGCCUACAACAGAGGUAAACAUUCAAUUGAGUCGCAAAAGAUGUUAAAUAUUCUUAAAGAAUUACUUUUGAAUUUGUUACGAAUUUUGUAUUUAUAAAAACUGAGCAAAAUGAUAAAACGACCAAAAACAACCGAUACCGAGGAUGAUAUAUUGCAAAUGCAAAAUGAAUUUCUCAACGAACAAAAACAGACUAAAAGUUAUCAACCGGCUGCAAAAUUAGUCAAAGUAGAAUCGACAAAAAAAUUAUCAAAGUUUGCCCAAGAAAGAGCAAAGCAAUCUAAACUAUCCGACAAAGAAAAAACCAACACAGAGGGUCAUUCCACCUCAACCAAUAUCAUAAUUGGAAAUAUAGUCGAGCGUACAGAAGGCAUUGGUUCUGUGCAAAGUGAUAUCGAGCAUAUGUCAUUUGACGAUUCAGAAGGUUUUCCAAAACCCCAAAGGAUCGACCAGAAGGUUAAAAUUGAGCCAUCUACAACAAAGAGUAUAUUUGCUCAGCUCCAUUCCAAAAAUGUCAAUCAAACGGCUAGUACAAGUUCAUCGCAACAAACAGAGAAAUCGCAAGUGGAUUUCGGAAUGAAAUCGCACAUUGUACAAAACUCGGAUGCAGUGGCGAUUCACAGGGAAAAUACCGAAUUUCUUCAAAAACUAAGCGAAGACGAAAUUCUAGAAGAAAGAAAGCGUUUAUUGGGAACAAUGGAUCCGUCAAUUGUCCAAUUCUUGAAGGAAAAGCGCAAAGCAAAGUUGUCAAAAUUAACGGAACACGUCAGUAAUGAUGUCGAAAUGAAGGAGACACAAGUUGAGUCGAUGCCUGACAUUGAUGUUCUCAAAGAUGAAAAUAGCAAAAAUUGGUUACAUUUUGAUGUUGUUGAACCAAGCAAGUUAGAGUGGAUGCGUGAUUUACCAAAUAAUAUGCCCGAGCUCAAACCUGGCGAACAAUAUGAAGCACGAUUCGAUUGGAAAGGUGUACUUUUGCCGUUUAAGCCCAAGGAAAAUGAUGCAACGACCAAUUCAACGGAAUUAUAUUUACAUGGUGAUGAUUCACAUCGUCCUGGAUACACAUUGCAAGAGCUAUUUCGAUUGGCUCGGUCAACUAUAGUGCAGCAGCGAAUAUCGGCCCUCAAAGCGGUUGGUGGCAUUUUGAGUAUUUACAACCAGGGCUAUUAUGAUGGCAUUUUUGAGCUACCCAUUUCGAAAAUGUUCUUUUUACUGCGAUACGCUUUUGAUGACAAUACGCCAGCAAUGCUUGAGGAAUCAGCGAAAGCACUAUCAGCACUUUUUUAUAAUGAAACUGAUGAGGUGCUACUUGACAUGACCUAUGACUGCUCAUUCGAUGGUCUGGAACCAACGAUGGAAAUCGAAAGUGACGAAACAAUAACCGAAAAUACAAAUCUUGAGAAACAAUUUUCCAAUAUGUCAAUAAAAUCGAAUGUGAUGCAGACAAAUGUUAACGAUGAUGAUGAUAAUUUAUCGUCAAUGAAUGAUUUUCAUUUGGCUGAAACCGAUUUAGUAAAAUUAUUUCUUCGGACAAAUAUUUUGCAACGCAUCACUUAUAUACUUACAACAAUGGAGCUCGACAAUACCACAAACUUGAGCUGUAUAAAGAUAUUGAUUCGCUUAGCUCGUACAAGCCGAGAAGUAACCGAGCGCAUUUUCUCAUACUCAAAUCUGAUCAAAGUUUUGGUCAAUCAAUUUACAAAAUUUGGUACAGCCGCAGACGGCACAAGUUCCCGAAUUCAAAAGACGAAUACCUUCACAUUGAAAUUGUUUCGGAUAUUCUGUUCUUACGGAGAGCGAUUUAUUGAUCAAUUACGAAAUCAAGGAUUGAUAUCGCUGCUGAAAACUGCAAUUUUCGUUCAAGAGAACAGCAUUACGGUUCAAACUGUGAAAAUGCAAAUCGAAGCUAUACGCUGCACUCGAAUGAUUGUUACAAUAACAAAGUCGGAUGAAUUGAUAGAGUAAGUAAUUUGUAUCACAUUUAUUUCUUGAUGAUGAAUUUCAAUUAGAGGUGCCCACUGAACUGAACCGUUCAUGUUCGUUCGGUUCAUUCGAAUUUGAACCGAAUAUGAACCGAAUAUGAACGGCAUGUUUACAUAUUUUGAACAAUUUGAACUAAACGCGAAUGAACAUGAACAGAUUUUUUUUAUUUCGAACGAACCUGAACAAACGAGAACUGUUCAGUUGAAUUCUCGAGAAUAAAAACAGAAUAUAAAUAGUUACUUAUCAGAGCGAAACAAAGCGUAUUUUUCUACAUAGAUUUGAUG